GGUGGCAACAGCGACAGCACAAAUUAUGGAACAACUUUUUCCUCGUAAUUGUACAGAUGAAUGCGUUAUUAUUUACCAGUCCGUGGAACCGCAAACGCCUGAAGGCCACAUUCAUAAAGUUUUAGUCUGUCCUCGGUUUACUAAUGAGAAAUGUGUGCCAAAUGAGUUAAUGGGCAGUAUGAGCUCAGCACAAACAGAUUGACUUCACAAACCUGACUGACUGACCUCACUGUCGCACAGUCAGUCUGCUAAUAAAAACAACCCAGCAUUUUUUAGUGUCUAAGAUUGUCUAAGAAUCUUGUAGGCUACAUCAUUUUCCAUCAUGUGUAUGAAAGGCUGAAUGAGAGAAAAAGUUAAAAAUGUGUUCGACCACCACAUGUUCAGCUUGUUGGUUUUAGGGCUUUGCUGCUUUAAGGUAAGGUUGUGUAAUGGGAUCCAUCACUGACGCAAACCAGAAGGAGUGUCAGCUGACCUCAGCUCACCUGCCAUCCAGAGAAAAUGGGCAUCAGUCUAUACCAGAGAGCAGAAGACCUGACAUAACAUCAAGCUUCACUCGUAUCUGCAGUAAGGAGUUUUCAGAGUCCGACCACCUGCUUCCCACUGCAUUUUAUGGGACAACAUUAGCCUCUGGGACCAUAUCGCAGGAUGAGCCGCAGAAUAUUCAUGGCCAGGAGAUGCCAAGUGAGUCGAUCCGGGUCAUGGUGAUUCAGAUUUUGGUUCCAUUCCUCCUGGCGGGUUUUGGAACAGUGCUGGCGGGGAUGUUGCUGGACUUAGUGCAGCACUGGGACGUUUUCAGUAAUGUGACAGAGAUCUUCAUCCUUGUCCCACCUCUACUGGGCCUAAAGGGGAAUCUGGAGAUGACACUGGCAUCAAGACUCUCCACUGCUGUAAAUGUUGGCAGAAUGAACUCUUCAAGUGAGAAGUGGAACCUGAUCAUCGGAAAUCUUGCCCUCAAACAGGUACAAGCUACAGUUCUGGGCUUUCUGGCUGCUCUUGUAGCAUCGGCUCUUGGAUGGAUCCUGGAAGAGGAGCUCAUCAUGAACCAUGUAGCUCUGCUUUGCUGUUGCAGUGUGAUGACAGCGUUCACAGCAUCCCUGCUGCAGGGGAUCUUAAUGGUUGGUGUGAUUAUUGGAUCCAAGAAGGUGGGCGUCAACCCUGACAACAUAGCCACGCCCCUUGCUGCCAGUUUUGGUGACAUCAUCACACUUGGACUGCUUGCCAUCAUCAGUCAAGGCUUUUUUUACUGCAUGGAACCUUACCCUUAUAUUACCUACCUGGUAUGUAUUGUUUUCCUGUGCCUGACGCCGGUAUGGGUCAUUAUUUCACGUCGUCACCCUGAAAGCCAAAAACUGCUGAUUUCCAGCUGGGAGCCAAUAAUUACCGCAAUGGUGAUCAGCAGUCUUGGAGGACUGAUUCUGGACCGAACCAUCGCAGAUCCAAUGCUUGAGGGAGUUGUUCUCUACACUCCUGUUAUAAAUGGUGUUGGUGGUAAUCUGGUUUCUAUCCAGGCUAGUCGUAUAGCCACGUAUCUUCAUUUUCACUCUCUGCUGGGCGAACUUCCAGAUGACUCUAAAGGAUGUUACUGCCCCUGCAGCAGCUUUUGGGCCACAGCGCCGAAUGGAAGAUCAGCACAGGUGCUGCUCAUGUUGACCAUCCCAGGUCACCUGGUCUUCGUCUACACCAUUUACUUAAUACAAGGCAGCCCGACUCCACCCACUGCUGUCUUCAUUUCCUUCUAUUUGGUAGCAGCUUUCACACAGGUGUUUCUCCUGCUGGGCAUCACUGAUGUGAUGGUUCACUGCUUGUGGAAAUGCGGCAGGGACCCUGAUAGCUUCUCCAUCCCAUAUCUGACGGCUCUAGCGGAUUUGUUGGGCACUGCCUUUCUGGCACUGUGUUUUCUUCUAAUGUCACUGGUGACAUAAAUGUUGAAAUGACAUUGUCAUAUUUCAUUAAACAGGUUAGAUCUAACCUAUCACCACUAUCUGAUGUGCUGACCUACAUUUUUGGCAUUUCUCUGCACAGUUGAACAUUAGUGAAUGACUUUACUUGAAAUAUUUGAAAUAUCAGUCUCUCCAUACAUGCAGUUCAAUGAACCACACAUGCUACCUCAUGUGACAAUAGUACUUCAAGUCACGUGACCAUGUUCAUUGAAUAAAGAACUGAUGUUGUCUGUUUCCAUAUGUUAUUAUGUUAAAAGUAUGACUGAUUUGCACUCAUCUUCCUGGAUCAGUAUUUAGAAGUUUCAGAAAUGUGUAUUUAGUGACAUUAAAAUAGUCUUUUUUAGAUAUGUGUGAUAUUAUAAAUAGACAACAUUAGAAAUUGUUUUCAUUUUCCUGAGAAAACUGUUUUAUUUAAUUCAACUCUUUUAUUUUAAUCCCUGAAUAAUGUUCAUCCAGAUGGCUGAAUGUAAACAGACUUCUUUAUACUGUGAGAAACAGUUAAUAAAAAUAUACGCAUGAUUAUGAUUAGCCUAAACAAACAACAUUAAAAUAACAGAGUUUUAUAUUGCUACUGUACUUUAUUCAAAGCAAAUCAUUAAAAUAUCACCUAUAAAUAUCCUAUUUAUUAGUGUCAAAUCAAAAUCUAACCACUUUAUUGUCACAACACCAUGAACACAAGAUCUAAGACCGGGAACACUAAUCUAUAACAGUUUGGAAAUGACAGACAAUAAAAAUAUUUGUUAUAAAUAUCUUGAUUUGUCUUUUUUCUUCACAUCACAUGUCUUAUAUUUCAUCUCAAGCUCUUCACUGACACCAUUUCAUUUAAAAAAAAAAAAAAAAAAAUAUACAUUAGGGAUAAAAAUGCUGUGGUGAAUGACAACUGUUAAUAAAUGUUUUUAUACAUUAAAUAUUUGAAUUUAACUCUUUGUUCAUGUCAUAGUUUUAAAAUGUCAUGUUUGUAUGAUGGAUUGUUCAAGACU